UUCAAAAAAAUUAUAUUAAAUAUUAUGGAUAAUCUUCUUCUUCCUUUUUUUUUCCUUUGUAUUUUAAAAAUGUUCAACUAAUUAAUUUGUAAUGAGAAUUGAGAAGUGAAAACGAAAGCAAGAAUACCUUUCCGCAAUGUAGCUAAUAUGAUUCUCUUUUUUUUUUUAAUAUAUACAAAUAAAUAAAUAAACAAGAGAAAAAGCACACCUUUUCCCACUUACGAACACUUUUCCUCUCGUAUUUAAAAAACUCGAAACAGAGAGUGAGAGAACCACAUAAGAAGAAGAAGAAGGUUUGAGCUAAACGAAACCUUUUUUAACUCAACUGGGAACUCGUGGGAGGAGUCACGAGACUCGCGUCUAAGGACUCACAAGAAAGCAAAAGCAAAAAGACAGAGAGAGAUUGAAUAAUCAGAAGAAGGAAUGAUGGAGAGUCCAAGAUCGAUGAAGAAAAGCGGAGGAGGAGAGGUUCUAGAUGGUUCGAAUAUAAUGGAGUUGGUUGGGAACGAAGAGGUGUUCAGUCAUUUCGUGGACCAUAAGUUCCAUGAGUUGGACAAAGAUAGAGAUGGUAAGCUCUCUGUGAACGAGCUCCACCCUGCUGUUGCUGAUAUCGGCGCUGCUCUUGGCUUGCCUGCCCAGGGUUCCUCUCCUGAUUCUGAUCAUAUUUACUCUGAGGUGUUAAGUGAGUUCACCCAUGGUAAACAAGAAAAAGUGAACAAAACUGAAUUCAAAGAGGUCCUUUCAGACAUUCUUCUAGGCAUGGCUGCUGGUUUAAAGAGAGACCCUAUUGUGAUCCUCCGCAUAGAUGGAGAAGACCUUCAAGAAUUUGUCAACAGCCCAAGUUUUGAGCCAGAAAUGAUAUCAAUAUUGACAGAGAUUGAGUCAGCCUAUGAAGAAGGGUUGCCCUUUAAAGAUUUUAUACUCAAGGCUUUGGAAAAACUCACUGUUGAACAAGGCAUGCCCCCAACUUCAGAUUCUUGGGUUAUGAGCAACAUUGUAGAGCCUGCUCUUCAACUGUGCGGGGGGCAUGAUUUCAAGAAACCAGUGUCUCAAGAAACAUUCUUAAUGGAAUUUAAGAAAGCGGCAGAGAGUGUGGCACAACAUCUUAAGAAUCAACCUGUUAUAGUUGCUCAUAGUGAAAACACUUUUGAUGGAAGUGUUAUCAGGAGGCUAUUAUCCAACAAGUUUGAACUGGAUAAGACACUAAAUGCAGCCAUAGAAGAUUUGCCAAAAGAUCGAAAUGGGAAAAUAUCUAAGGAGCAUUUGCGCGUGGCACUCGAUGUGCUGGCCCCAGCAGCCGGGCUACCACCACUUGGCGCAGUUGAAGAGAUGGACAAGGUGAUAGGAAAUGUGUUCAAAAUGGUAAAUGCAGAUGAUGGUAAGAUGGUUAGAGAAGACGAGUUCAAGAAGAUAAUGACUGAAAUCAUAGGGAGUGUGAUGCUGCAAUUGGAAGGGAAUCCCAUAUCAGUUUCCACAAACUCAGUGGUGCAUGAGCCACUUGCCUCUUCUUCCACAUUAUUACAGCCACCAUCCUAGUAAUACAGCCGAGCCGAGUACAUAUUAUAGAGCUAAUCGCGAAUCUGUCGAGCGUAACAACUUUUAAGAAAGACAAUAAAAUUUUGUUGAGUAACAAAUUAUCACUGGCUUGUCUCUGUGUGUGUGUGUCUUUGCGUUUUUAAGUGUCAAUGUGUUUGUUUGUGUUAUGAGAUUUCUAAAUUAUGCCAAUUUAGAAUGAGUUGAAGCCAAUAAUUAUAGCCGGCCAUGUUGUUAUGUUUUAUACCCAUAGCAAAAUGUAAAUGAGGCUGUGUAAAUUCACUACUUGAUUUUACAGGAUAUCCUUUACCAUAA